AUGUCUACCCUCAUCAUUGCGCCCGGGCAAUUUGAACUAAUCGUGACUAGCGCUGGACCCCAGAUCAUUGGGUUUGCAUUCAACUGGAUGCUGCAGGGUAUACUUACGACGCAAGUGUACAUCUAUCAUCUAUGUUUCCGGAAAGACUCUUUGUAUAUCCAGGCUCUGGUCUACGGAAUAUUCAUCUUCGAAUGGGUUCAGACGGGCUUGAUUACCGUCGACUACUUCGAUGCAUUUAUCUACCAUUAUGGCGACAUACGCGCACUCACCUCCUACUACAACACCUGGUUCAGCGUAACUAUCAUGUGCGGCGUAGUUGCCGCAACGGUGCAGAGUGUCUUUGCGUGGCGCAUCUGGGUUCUGUCGAAAUCACGCAUCGUCCCUUGCUUAAUCGUAUUGCUUGCAUCGGCCAUGGUCAUCAUUUCCAUUGUAGGCGGCGUGAAGAUCAAGCAGAUUACUUCCGCUACCCAAGCGGCAGCUGCGAGGCCAAUCAUCACGACAUGGCUCUGUGGAAGUGCUAGCAUCGAUGUCAUUAUCGCAGUAGCCAUGACCAUCUUACUCCUGAGAGCCAAAUCCGGCAUCGCCGAGUCCGAUGCAAUAAUUCAUCGCCUCAUCCGUCUGGUGGUCGAGAGCGGCAGUUUGACUGCAUUUUUCGCCGUCAUAUUCGUCAUAUUCUUCAGUGUGUGGCCGAAUACACUACUCCAUGAAUGCACUGCCCUAGUCCUCACAAAGCUCUAUUCCAACAUGCUCCUGACGAGCUUCAACAAUCGCAUUUUCGUACGGGGUACAGGAUUCCCAGGCACCAGUUCUUCUCGACUAGCCCACACCUUGAGCAGCGGGAGUGAAUUUUCUGCUCCUCGGCAUGGAGCAUUACGCGAUCUGAAUGCCGUGAGAAUCAAUGUAGCGCAGGAAACAUUCGCACACGAUGACAUAGCUCUGCAGGACGCCCAGGAGUUCAAGUCUCAGGAGAAGCUACCGAUGGCGCGGUGA